GACGCACUUCCGAUUCUGAGUUUUUCUUCCGAGUUGUAUAACCUUGCGUCAUUCCCGAAUGCUCUGGAAGUGUCAAGGAGGCGAAGUGUGUAUCCAAAUCAAGUUGCUAAGAGGUCAAAGCUCAUAAAAACUCUCACUAUGCUGGCGGCGAGGCUAGUAUGCCUGCGGACUGUCCCCGUGACGGGGCUGCGCUCAGCGUUGGCACAGGGGUCCCCGGCUCUGAGAACAUCUGUAAACAGAACAUAUCAACCACUUGUGAAACAAAGUCAGAGCUAUUCCACCAAAGCCAGGUUUGGAUUCCGUCGAUCAAAGACCUCAAGGGAACAGCUCCAUGAAGCAGCAUUUGAGCCAGCAACUGACACUGCCAUGAAAGUUGACAAUAUUGGUAGGAUGGUGUUGGCCGGAGGAGCUGCAGUAGGUUUGGGAGCCCUGUGCUACUAUGGACUGGGGAUGUCUAAUGAAAUUGGGGCCAUUGAGAAGGCUGUGAUCUGGCCGCAGUAUGUGAAGGACCGCAUCCACUCCACCUACAUGUAUUUUGCAGGCAGUGUGGGGAUGACGGCGCUGUCUGCCGUGGCUGUCAGCAGGACCCCGGCGCUGAUGAGCCUCAUGAUGAGAGGCUCGUGGCUGGCGAUGGGUGCUACGUUUGCUGCCAUGAUUGGAGCUGGCAUGCUGGUGCGGUCCAUCUCCUAUGAGCACAGUCCUGUCCCAAAACACCUGGCUUGGAUGCUGCAUGCAGGUGUGAUGGGUGCUGUUGUGGCCCCUUUGACACUGCUGGGGGGUCCCCUGAUGCUUCGAGCUGCCUGGUACACAGCGGGCAUUGUGGGCGGCCUCUCCACAGUGGCCAUGUGUGCCCCCAGCGAGAAGUUCCUGAACAUGGGUGGCCCACUGGCUGUGGGCUUCGGGGUGGUCUUCGCCUCCUCCCUGGGCUCCAUGUUCCUGCCCCCCACCUCUGCGUUUGGAGCUGGCCUGUACGGAGUGGCUAUGUACGGAGGACUGGUGCUCUUCAGCAUGUUCCUGCUCUACGACACACAGAAAAUCGUCAAGCGCGCCGAGACCACCCCGAUGUAUGGCAUGCAGAGAUUCGACCCCAUCAAUAGCUGCAUGGGCAUCUACAUGGACACCCUGAACAUCUUCAUGAGGCUGGUGAUGAUUCUGUCAGGAGGCGGCAGUCGCAGGAAGUGAAGUCAUCCCUAAAGGGCCGAAGCUCAGUGGAGGCUAAGAGCCGUCCCCCAGCAAUUAGAUCUUAAUGUCCGACCAGCAGACACGCGUACACCUUUAUGUCAGAGAUCCUGCUCUGCUCAUACACAGUUAGACUAAUAAAGCAAUGAGAGUAUGAGUUUGGAGUGAGACAGAGGGUUGUGUUUGUUGUCAGGUUGCACACAGCAUUGCCAACAUUAAGUGUAAAUAAGGAAGUGGAAAUUGCCUGAUUCUGUGUUUUUUGCUAUUAUUCUCUAAGUGUUGAAAGGUGGCCUAUUUUGUGUGAACACCAUGGGCCUGAGGGAAGAGAUCCAAAUCAUAGCCUUCUUUAAAAGUCAGCUCAGAUUUAUGAAAAAAAAGCACACAUUUUAUUUUGCUAUUUAUUUAAGAUGAUGGGUCUUUCUGCAGCAGCAAAGAGUAGAUUCAAUUUAAGUUUAAAGAUGAAGCUCAGUUGCUUUGAAAUGCCAUUUGUUUCCACUGUCUAAUAUGUGCAGUGUAAGAUUUUUAAGAUGCCACCAGCAAUGAUGUUACAUUGUCUGAAGUGGGAUAGGAGUCAAAGCAGUGGUGAGUUGCGUUAUGAUGGUUCACAUGCAAACUGUCUCAUUUGUUAACACCAAUAAAAUGGAGAUAUAUGGAA